AGAAGCAAAACAAUAUAUAUUUUUUGUAUAGAUCAAAUCAAACUUAGAGCAGAUGAUUUUGGUGGCUAAUAAUUCACGUGUAUCGUAACAGUUUCACGCUGUUUUAACUCGAACAAUAACGCUGGUUUCAAAAACUGAAAGGCUCUGCUUUUCAUAUAUCACGUUUCCUUUGAAAUCGAAACGUAAUUUGGGAAAAUUUUUGACAGCGCGGAUUUAAUUUACUCCUUUCUUAAAAAAGAAAAGGAACCAAAAAUGCCGGGUGAAAAAGACAACACGUCGCAGGAUACGCACCGAAGUAGCACUUCCGCUAUGUCGCAGGCGGGGGGAAGCGAGUUGCCACCUCUGCCCACGUGGGUAGACAAGGAGUACAAGGGAGUCAAGAAGGAGUUCCAUGACAUCAGGGGAAAAAUUAUGGAGGCACAGCCAGAUAGGGAGCCAUACAUGCCCUACUGUUUCAACUCCUUGCUCGCAUACACAAACACAGACGUUUCUCAUUACGCAUUAUACAAGAGGUACGAGGAGAUGCCGGGCACGUACUGUCAGAGACGGACUGCAAUCAGGAUCACAGACCCGGAAGUGUCGUGGAAGAUGGACAAUGUCCUGUUCCUCUCAGACUACGAACUGUACCACAAACCAUUUGCUCAUGACGAAGAAGAAGAAGAAGACGAAUUUGAAGACGACGGAAAAAAAGAAGAUGAGGAAACCGAAGAAAAAGUUGACGAUGGCGAAGAAGGUCAAGCAGAUGACGCAAAAGAGGGGCAAGAGGGUGGAGCUCAGAAGGACAAAAAAGCCAAAAAGAAGGAAGGCGAACAGGAAAAGAAGAAAGCCAACAAAAAGAAUACCAGCACUAAAAAGCAAGAUGAUCCCAAAAAGAAGAAAGAUGAAACAACAACUGAGAAAAAGAAGAACACGUCACAGAAAAAGAAAGAGAAUGAGGAGGGCAACGAAGAAAAAAAAGAAGACGAAGAAGAAGAAGAUGAAGAAAAAGACGAACAGGAAGACUCCGAAAAAGCCAAAAAAGAAAAGCUGAAGAAAGAGAAAGAGGAGAUCCAGUACAGAAAGGCGAAAGACAUCUGGGUGACGUACAGCUACGACUACAUCUUCGAGAAGUCGGAGAAGAAACAGGACGGACUCUUAUCCGCUGUGAGGAAGAACAAGAAGUACUUGAAGGAUGUGUCGGAUGGAGUGUGGGACAAGUUGGUGAGUGACAGACGGAAGGCAUACGACAAGAUGGUCAAGUGGAGGGAGGAGCAGGAGUACGCACUCAGACACGGACCACCACCCUCUCAGAAGAAGAAAAGGGGUGAGGAAAAAUCCACAAAAGAGAACAAAGACGACGAAGAUGCGGAAAAAGAUCCGACAGACGACAAAGCCGACGGCCAGCAGCAAGAAGAAAGCGCAGAAAUGGAGUAAUAAGCUCAUCAUUAUGGCGCACUGAAAUAGAAAAAACUCCAUAAUCAUAUUAUUUCUUCUCGUAACAAAAAAAUUACUUCCCUCAAAAUUCAAAAUAAUUGUUCAA